GGAGUGAAGCCGGGAGCAAGUGGGAUUCAGGGGACGGAAAAGAAGCGAGGCGUGGAGAUAAUUGCGCGGAUUCAUUCCAGGCGUAGAAGGCUCGGUCUAUUAUUUUCUAUUCCUCCGCCUACCUUUUCCUGGUUCAAGAAUAGCAUUGUAGCCCAGCAAGAAAGAGAGGCGCAUCGAUUUUCGCCAGCCGCGAAGAAAUUAAAGGCGGGAAAGCGCACCGAGAGAACUGAAAAGCAAAGCGGCGCCAUGCCGUCCAGCAACCGUCCUGGCGGCUCAGCUUGGACGACGCCUGCGUGGAAUUGGAGCCGUGACUCGCUCGGGAAGGUAGACGGCUCCGAGGGCGGCGUGGACGCGGCGUGGUCAGGGAGCAAAGGCAACGGAAGCAGAGACCCCUACGGGCGGGACGAAGACCUGGCCAAGCUGGAGAUUGCCGUCCUGGCUCUGACCUUCGCCUUAGCUGUGCUGGGCAACUUUUUCGUGCUGCUAGCGCUGCAUCACACGCCGCGCAAAAAGGCAUCCCGCAUGCAUCUUUUCAUCCGGCAUCUGAGCCUGGCCGACCUGGCGGUAGCUUUCUUCCAGAUCUUGCCCCAACUUUGCUGGGAAGUCACGCACCGCUUCCAUGGGCCCGACGGGCUCUGCCGCGUGGUGAAACACCUGCAGGUCUUCGGCAUGUUCGCCUCGGCGUACAUGUUGGUGGUGAUGACGGCCGACCGGUACAUCGCCGUGUGCCACCCGCUCAAGACGCUCCAGCAGCCGAGCAAGCGCUCGCGCUGCAUGAUCGCGGCCGCCUGGGCGCUCAGUUUCUUGCUCAGCGUCCCCCAGUACUUCAUCUUCUCCCUCAGCGAGGUGGAGAGCGGCUCGCAGGUCUAUGACUGCUGGGCGCACUUCAUCAAGCCGUGGGGGGCUCGCGCCUACAUCACUUGGAUGGCCGGCAGUAUUUUCGUGGCGCCCGUCCUCAUCCUGGCCACCUGCUACGGCUUCAUCUGUUACCACAUCUGGAGCAACGUCCGGGACAAGACGCGGCGGCAGAAGCGAGAGUGGGCUCCGCCACACGAGGGCGCCCUGCGCAAGGGGCUGCUCUUCACGCCUCAGGUCAGCAGCGUCAAAAGUAUCUCGCGCGCCAAGAUCCGCACCGUCAAGAUGACCUUCGUGAUAAUUUCGGCUUAUAUUGUGUGUUGGGCCCCUUUCUUCUCGGUGCAGAUGCGUUCCGUCUGGGACGACCACGCCUCCUGGCAGGAUUCAGAGGAUGUAGCAAUUACAGUGACUGCCCUUUUGGCCUGCUUGAACAGUUGUUGCAAUCCAUGGAUCUACAUGUUUUUCAGUGGGCACCUCCUACAAGACUUCUUGCAGAGUUUCUUGUGUUGUCGAAAAAGAUUGAAUAAAGAAGAUACUGAGAGCAUCAGCAGAAGACAGACUUCUUUCACUAAUAAUAUAAGUCCAACAAACAGUUUGGAUACAUGGAGAAAAUCACCAAAUUUAUCAUGAUUUAUUAACCAUUUCAAUUUCUUUCUAGACCAUUGAUAAAAUACUGAUAUCUCUUUGAGUGCCAAAACAGCACUUUAGCUACCAAGUAUCAUAUGAUCAAUAAAGUAAUCAAUUGGCAAAAAAGUUA